AUGCCUAAAUUUCGUACACAAAUGGUAGCAAUUAUUCGAAGAAGCUAUUCAAAUCCACCAGCAUAUGGUGCGUAUAUUAUCGGUACAAUUUUAAAUAAUCCAACUUUAUAUAAUGAAUGGAAAACUAAUAUACGAACUAUCUAUGAAUGUAUACAUUCAAUGAGACAAUUAUUUUAUAGUAAAUUAAAACAAUUAGGCACACCAAGUAUGUUUGCUUAUACUGGUCUGAAUUCAGGUCAGUAUCAAACAUUAAUUCAGCAACAUCACGUAUAUAUAAUGAGUAAUGGUAGCAUACAUGUUUGUGGAAUAAUAUCAAAAAACAUCGAUGAAAUUGCGCAAAAAUUUUAUGAUGUUAUUACUAAUUAUGUUGAUGAUCCUAAACUUUGA